CGUUCCCUCAAAGCCCUUAAGGCCGCCGACCCCACCACCCGGUGAAUGGACGCGAUGCUUCCGGCGCUGCGGCCUCGCCGCCAGCUCCCAGUCGCGCACCUCCGCCGCCUCCUCUCCUCCUCCUCUACCGCCGGCGAGGGAGAUCCCUCGGUCGACGCCGCAGCGGCGGCCGCGGCGAAGGCUCGGGUGGAGGCGGUGGCGCGGGCGCGGAUGGAGGCGUACAAGCAGGUGCAGAACUUCGACUGGAGCAGCGGCGCCGACUGGAAGACCGCCGCCAACAUCCUCUUCACCGUGCCACCCAAGCGCAAGGAGUUCGGGCUUGAUUUCCACCUUGUGCAGCUCUUCUUUGUCUGCAUGCCCUCGCUAGCUGUGUAUUUAGUGGCCCAAUAUGCACGAAAGGAGAUCAAAAGGAUGGAAGCGGAAGCAGAAGAGAAAAGGAAAAAAGACGAGGAAUUUGAGAAACAAAAGCAGCUUGAGGAGGAAUCUUCUAAGGAGAAUGCUGAUUCAAAGCUUUCAAAGGUAUUAGUCAGGUUAGAUACGCUCGAGGGGGUUGUUAAGGAAAUCGUGGAUGACAAAACAAAAGUUUCCUCUGCUGAUUUACACACAAAAGAGGAGGUUAUGAAGAAAGGUGAAGCAUCCCUGGGAAAUGCUUCUGAUUUGAAAGGCAGUGCAAGUGAUAGCCAGGCAGUGACAGUCAAGAGUAAGGAUACCAAUGGUGCUGCAAAUGCCCCCACAAAUACUACACAACCUAACAAUAAGGGGGAUGGAGACAAGGCAUACGGUGAUCAGCCGAAGAGAUAGGCCUUGGUUCUUUUUGUUGUUUAGAGCGAUCCUUGUAGGCAUCACCCCCCCCCCCCCCCGGCGAAGUGGUGAAUUUGUUUGCCGGGAUGCAAGAAAGUCAGUAGAUGUUUCUGGCAGGGUUCCUGUUGGACCCAUAUGGUUGUAUCCUCAUGAUCAAGUCCAUGGAAAGAUGUAUUGGCAACAUUUGUAUGUUUGUACCCCUGGUGUGGGGUGGGUCUUGGAAUGUUGGAAGGAGCUCAGUUAUUGUAGUUUGUAGCAAUGGCUGAACCCGUUUCACUGUACAUUGAGAUCUGUUGGUCAUGAUCAUGACUCAAGAUCUUUGUUCUUAGAUAGGCUAGCGUGUGAAACUAGGAAGAAGGAAAGGUGCCUAUCUGGUGUUGCAGCUUGUGAUGUUAAACCUUAGAAUUUUUUUUAUCUCUUUGACAUCUUUAUAUAUGCUCUGUCACCAGUAAGCUAUUUGAA